AUGCUGACUGCGGUUAUUACUUCUUUUUUUUCAAUGCGUCAAUCUUGAGAAAACCUCUUUUUGCAGUCUUUCCUCUAACUUCGAAGCUCUUUAUUAUUUAUCUAUCAUAUCAGCUUCGUCCCAUUUCCGACCGUGAAUUUCUUUUUUCAUUUUGAAAAUUCAUUUUCUUCAGGGUCUUUGCCGCGUUUCCUCAUUUCUCUUUGCCGGUUUUCAACGUGCAGAACAAGGUAUUUAACUUCAUAUCAACAUUUUACGGGUUCUUAUCUCAAAUGAAAUUACGAUUGUCUUUCGAACUGCGAUGAAAAUGACAGUUCGAGAAGAAAAAAGCGCUGCAAGCCAGUGAUAAAGGACAUAAUGAAAAGAGUACGUGGCUGAAAAUGUACGAAUGGAAUGCCUCUAAAAGUUCGCCGAUAGAUAAGAAUUUCUGGUUUUUAAUAUUUUCGCAAGCUUAACACUUGAUAACUUAACUGGUCUCGAAGAUUGAAUUCUUUGUUUGAUAGGGCCGUUUUCCGAAAUUCGCUCUAAUUUUGCCAAUUUUCAAGCCUCUACAAAAUUUUGCCAAUUCCAAUUGGAAAAUUUCCAUCAUAGUUUGUGUUUUCAAUAUGAAAUACAAAAUAUUUUUAGAAGUAAACGCAUUAAGACUCAUUAUUUAAUAUGGCUUUUGUUCCCACGGAUAUCAAAAAUCAGAAAAAAAAAAGUAGAAACAUAAUCACGAAGGAUAGGUGAAACCGAGGCUUGAGAUUAACUUCUUUUUCAUGAAACAUCUUCGUAUAACCGGCUCUGACUGAUUAUUGUGGCUUUACGUGGUUUUAGAAUUGGGUAGCAUCCGGUUUAUAGCUAAUCAUUUAAGAAAAAGUGGUCUAUGCUCUUCGCAGCUACCAACUCUAGUAUUAAUGUUCAGGAUUGUAGUUCCACUUUUCAUUUUUGUGCCGCGUUUUGCUAAAACGCUGCGAAGUAAUGUAUCUGAAUGAACCGCGUUACUGUUGGUUGACUUUUUGACGUGUUCAACUCGUUCGAGCGGCUUGCAAGAAGCGGAUGAAGCUGGUUAACGAACUCGUAGUGGGAAACGAACGAAGUAUGAUGGUCUAAGGGAGGCGAGGGCUUGUCUGGUUUUGAUAGGCAAACCACACGAAUCGUCUUCACUGGUAUUCUCGGCCUCGAUCGUCUUCGCAUUCCACGCACGCGGCUGUCUAUUGUGAAACCACUUGGCGCAAAUCCGUCCUUAGGUUCUUACUACUUCACGGCUUGGCUGCUUCUCAUUCCAAACUUGGUGACCGAGCUUCUCAUUCCAAACUUGGUGUAGUCCGUCAAUCUUUCGAGAAACCUAGACAUCACUGUCAAACAUGGGCAAAAUAUUUUUUUGCUUUAGUCGUUACUUUGAAGUUUUCGAUAUUGUUCUUUUCGAGAAAUUUUCACAGGAAUCCCAAAUCGAAAUUUACUAUCGUUAUAAAUAGACCCCUCAAUGUUGUAAUGUAUCAAUGAGUGACUGGAAACUUGUAUCUUGCAAACUCCAACUUUUUCACUGUUGAGCUUCAAAUAGCCACAGACACCUUUGAAGAGCUGAGCUGGUCUGCAGUUCGCCAUGCUUCCUCAGCGACUCGAGAUCUGAGAUUUUGGCAUGAUCUCAGUUUCCACAGUCGAAAGAAGUUAUAGACGACUUCACCGCAGUCGUAUGUCAACGAAAGCACCGUACGCAGAUGCGUUAUAUAUGUACAUGUUUUGCGAGUUUGUUGUAGCCUCCCACCAAUCGCAUUUUUCUCUUCACCAACGCUUUUUGCGAUCCGGGGGUGGGGCCGGUUUCGUUUGAACAUUUGUUUUUCGAGCAUUCAUCCGCCUGCUUCUAUCCAUCUAUCUCUGUCCGUGAUGUCUCUUCGGUGUGUGUAUUCUCGGCCGUUCAACCGAAGAAUAAGCGUGUGCCAACUGUUUUGAUUAAGUUUCGAGCCCACUGACCACAAUUCUCGGUUUUUUCUGGCUCCGCUGACCACCUGUCGUUUUUGAAAUUGAUUAGUCAAAAAAACUUCCUCUUUCCGUUUUAAAACGAAAUUUCAAUCUCAGUGGCCUCUAGGCAUUACCAGAAAGAUAACCUUUUUUCAAUUCUAUAUCAGUUCUUUAGACGUCAACUUCUCAUCAAAGUUAAUUCAAUACCGCAACAACAUUCUGAAGCAUUUUAGUGUGGGAACUGAAAAGUUUUCCCAUAGCAAAACUUUGAUUUCUACUUUAUUUUCUUUUUAACACAGUCUUUCAAGUCUUUUCCAGAGCCGUGUGAGAAUUUUCGGCUCACAUGAAACUUAAACAGUCAAACCCACGCUGUUAAAAUUUUUCAUUUCAAGUCGCACGAAAAUACUUACUUUUUUUUUUCAAAAAUAAAUGCUUGUACAUAUUUCACUAUAUGCAUAUCUCUGUUGCAGCCUUCGUUAUCAGUUUGCUCCGCAAUUCGCAAAAUGAUAUGGCUUUUCAUUAAAAGUAUAUUUGCACUUCUAAUCUGCCGUUGAAGUAAUAGGGAAUCCGAUUCGAAGGUGACUUUGCCGAACAGAAUAGAAUCCUUUUCGAGAGAAUCUCUUUAUGAAAAUUCGCAACGGUGUCUGGUAGGAGAGGAGUACGCAAUUGUCCCAUGCAAGCUAAUAAUAAGCGUUAAUCCGAGGACUAUUGCCGAGGUAUAAUCUCCAUCCCCAUCAGUUCAUCGCUCACAUUCCUCAUAAUCAUCUCCGUCUCACGUACAACAAGGCGCGUUUAAGUGAAUUUCGCACAAAUCCCUUUUUUCGUUGAGUUGCUCGCGUGGCCUACUGUAGGAUCUACGAAAGGCGCCAAUUUUGUCACAAUUUUUCUUCAAUUAUGAUGUGGGUUGAUAGCAUCGAGUACGGUCACGCCUACAACCCCAAACUUUUCCGCUCAUCGCCUUCCAUUUCCAGUUCCGUUUCUUCUUUUUUUUUGUUUGGUUCGUGUUUGUUGAAUUUUGUCCCUGUUGGUCUCUAAUCUAAUAUGUUGACCAGCAAAAUUUACUUUCACUGAACCUCAAAAUUUUGAAAAACGAACCACGUUUUUUUUGCGUGGCUCGAGUAAUAAGUUCUUUUUUGAAUUUCCAAAAGAAGAUUGAAUUUCAAGAAGCGGUUUUUUGAACCAAUGAUUGAAAAGCUGCAAAAUUGGAAUAUAGUCUAUUUUUUCUGUUUUUUCGUUUUUUUGUUUCGGAAAUCUCAAUUAGAAUUUUUUAAAGUCAGUUCAUUUUUCUUCUCUCUUCUCGUCACGACAGAAACUGUCUUCAUGCGAUAUAAACUAAUGAUUUGUUUUGGAAGUGCUUAAAUUUUGAAGCCUUUGAAGGUUACAUCCGGAAAAUCCAAAUAUAAGUGCGGCGUAAUAUUGAAAUAUUCUUUUUUUCAUAGUUUCUAAGAUAAAAGGUUUCAGACAGUCGACGAGAGGCGUUUGGCGGAGUUGAUCGGUGCUUUUUGAUGCAGUCGACGAUCGCCAUGUCCAUCGACGCGGUAGGUUUCAGUGAUUGGAAAAGAAAGUGUAAAGUGAACAAGUGGCUGGAUUUCCAAAAUUGGUCGGUUUCGCGCUGCGGAUGUAUUUAAAAUUUCGCACUUGCGCCCGUUGCAAGCAAAUCGCAGGAAGCGAUUUACUCGAUUAAACAGGCCGUUGCGACAUGAAAUUUCGGAUUUGCGGCAGUUUUUCCAGUCUGAGAUUGAAAUAAAGCUGAGCUGCUUUUUUCUUACUUAUUCCUUUUUCUCGGAUUUCGAAGAUAGAUAAUUCAAUGAGCAACCAUAGUACAUGUUUAUCGGACUUGGAGGAGAUCGAAAAAAAAAGAAAAUGAAAAAUUGUUUUUGCAACGUCGGUGUGUAACAGGGUUAAGCGACAACCUGCAAUUUUGAUCAGUUUCUAUUUUCUGUGAAAUUCUUCAUUUAUUUCAUUUUCUUCAUCGGUAGUUUUCAUAUGAGACAAUGAAACAUAUGUAUAAAAGAUCGGAGGCUUCUUUUUGAGAAUAUUUUGAAAAAAUUUCGAAAGUUUACGAAGUUAACUUGGGGAAAGUUUUGCGAGGGAAUUUAAGCAUAUAAUUGGAAGUAAGCCUUGAAAGGCCAGAGUUUCUGGAAUCCCAUUUCCGCAAGUUCCGUUGUGUAUGAAGUUGAUGAUUUAAGUGAUUCAAAAAAGAGGUGCGAGAAAGUGACAAAUGAUUUGUGUAUGCAAGACGAAAUUCCGAGAGAGAGAAUCAAAGUUUUCUUUUCUCAGGCAAACGGUCCUCAAGAACUGUUCAAGCAGCUGAGCAAGGGUGGCGCCCUUCUGGGAGGCGGAAGUCCGUCUUCGCUUGCCUCAUCUGGAGCCCCGUCGUCGUCGAGUUGCGCCAACGACGCAAACUCGGCGGAAGACAAAAACUCGGCCGCCUCCGACAACGCCAAUUCCUGGUUCAACGCCUUCACCAUGCCCAGGACCAACCAGAGGUGUUCUAUCGAAGAGUUUCCUGUUUUCAACUUUUCAUUCCAGGCAGCCGCAGAUGAACGACUUCAUCGAGCAGCUUGGCCUUCAGAACGUCGGUUCUCAGUCGCAGAUCAUGGAUGCUUUGGGCAUCAAUGGCAACUUCUUGAACGCGUUGGCUUCUUUCAGUUCGCAGGUAAGGAUACAUGAAAUCUGAAUUUUAUGAGUAAACAUUCUGGAUACUCAAAUACUCGAAUUUAUUGCUCAUUUUUCUUUUUACUGCUACAAAAUUUUUAAAAAGACAUGAAAAUGCGAAAAAUUUUUAAAUUUGGACUAAAAAAUUUUUCCUUUCGCUUCUGCGUUGUUUUUUUUACGGUUUUGUGAUUGCCAGUGCCUUCUAAAAAUUGAAUACUCAAGACGACUUACGGUUCAGACUCGCGGACUUCAAAAAUAAUCGAUCUUUUUUUUUUUGAAAAGCCAUUUUUGAACAAAUUAAAGGUUUCAAAAUUGUCCAAAUAACUCAGAAAAUCUUACAAGCUGUUCAAAAAUAGAACGAGAUUCAAAAAAUUUGGCAAAAAGUUGAAAAUAUUCCAGUAGAAGGUCUGUUUGAGUGACCUCCAAAUAAGAGGAAAGUUUUCAGAACGAGCCAGAAUCAAUAGAAGAGUCAACGAAUCAGCUUUUGCGAAUGAUGAACUCGAAGCCCGAGUCAGCAGAACUGAGCCAACCGAAGUCGUCCGUACCCUCGUCACUGGCCUCACUUCUGACGCCGACGACGUCUUCUGCCGCUGCCGCCACGUCUUCUGAACGGACGACGCCGCCGACGCACGCCUCCGUCAUCGUCAACACCCCGGCGAACCAACGAGAGUCGUCGGCUGGCACGCCACCUGCCAAGAAACACAAGAACUCUGAGGACUCCGAUUUCAUGAAGUGAGUUUGGUUUUUGAUUUGGUUCGAGACUGUGUAAUUAGUGGUGAAAAGGGUAUUUGUUGAAACUUCUUCUCUUUCGCGCCACGAUUGAUAAGAAGCGACCGUCAUUUCAUAGCACGAGGAAUUUGAUAUUUUCCGUUUUGGAAACGAAUCGAAAUGAAAAAUUGGUUGGCGUGUCUUCGAGAGAUGACCAGAGAGAACUGUAGUUCACGUAUAGGCUUGUGCAGAAAGGAGACGUCGGUGGGUAGAAAGACGAGUUUCGAAAUCGCGACUGUGGGUUUCGAUUCGUGAAUUGCGGCUGCAAAAGAUCGAAAAGCGACUUGGUAGAAGUGAAACGUUCGUUUGGAGACGUCACUUGCCGCGCCAAAUCUUCUCACGGACUAUUUUUAUUGGGUCUCUUGUCAUGACAAAUUAUCUUUCCACUAUCCGCACUUUUAUGAGUUCAAUCAAUCUUUUUUUUGCUUCCGCCAUAGGUCCAACCGAAUGGAAGAUGAAAAAUGGCAUUUUAGCUCUGCUGAGAUUGCGAAGUGAAAGUCCAAACAAGUUGGCGAGUCAAAGGCAUUUUUCGAAUUUUGAUUCAGCUUUGAAAUAAUAGAACUAGUUCAGGUUAGCUUUUGAAAGAGUGGAUAAAUAGGGAAAUGAAACAUAAGGCACUAUUCAGUGAGUCUUGAGUAGAUGGACAUCAUUCAAUCUUGCAGAACUUUCAAAGUUUUGGAGCAGUUUCCGAAAUUUUAAUGGGAGGUUGACUGAUUCAACAAAUAUCGUCCCACUUUCAGUUGAACCAGAAUUGCUUAACUUAACAUGCUCGGCUUCCAGAAAGCGUUAGAAAGUAUUUUGUUGAAAAUCUGCCAAUCCGAAUUGAAAAUUCACACAGUUUAUCUGCGCCAGUUCUAGAACUCUGCACUUUUUCCCAAACAAUGUGAAAAAUAUGUAUACGUUCAGCGAUCACUACGCUUGACUUGACUAUUUUAGCCUGCUCGUAAAAAAAAAGUCGGCGCGUGAGAGGCAAUCUUCAAACAAAAAAAAAAGUCGCACGGGUUUUUAAGAACUCGAUAAAAAGGCAAGGUUUUGUAGUUGUAUUGGCUGUUCGAAUUCGCAAAUCUGAGUUGCGAUUAUAGAGAGGGAGAAAGGGGCGCAUGGCAACAUGAGGACGUCGUGGGAACACAUUUUCCGUUUUGCAGGUCCGCUAUCGAUAACCUUUUCCGAGUGCAAAUGACCGCGUUAAAUGGAGCGAUGCCGACGCCUGGCGAAGGCACGACGAAUUGCGACGAAUGCGGACGCGAGUUCCUCAACGCCCUCGCCAUGCUCACCCACAAGGCCCAGGAACACACGACCGCCGGAGAAGUCGCGUACGUUUUGCUCUGCUGCGAGGCGAAAGCAAGUCUGAGCUUUGCAGAGGCGAAGAGAACGGCCAGAUCAGAUGCUCCGAGUGCGACAAAGACUUUGAAAACGUGGCCUACCUCGAGCAGCACCGCAUCACUCAUCACCUGUCUUCCCAGAGGUUUGUUCCAACUCCCGCCCUCUCUUCACACUCUCUUCAGUGCCACCGACUUCAGGAUAUUCAACGGUCUGUUCCCGCAGUCGCUCGGCCACUUGCCCUUCAUGCUCCAGUCGCCGAUUCAUCAACAGUUCGGACUUCCGCCGGACCUCGACUCGCCUCUUUCCGCUCUUUCCACUGUUCGUUCCCACGUCUUGAUGGCCUCAUCUCUCUUUUUUUCAGCCCAAACAGGGCGGCGCAGUCAAACGGCAGUACUCAUCCAAUGGAAAGAACUACUGCGACCUUUGCAAUAAGGAGGUUCGUCAAUUUGCAUCAAUUUUCAUUACAUUAGGCUGUGAGUUCAGAAGAAAAAAAGCUGUCAUGAAAGGCCAAAAAAAUGUCUUUAGAGACAGAAAUUUUAUUUUUUUAUUUAUUACAGAAUUGUUGGAAACUUUAUGAUAGACUCACGUGAUCUGCUCCCAACUAAAACCCACGAAACAAAGUUUUAAUUGAAACUCCAAGAAAAAAACGUUUUUGUUUUGUUUUUAUUCUUCCACUUAAAAAUUCGAAGACGCCUCGAAAUUCGCAAAAGACGUUGUUGUUGAGUUCGCAAAAAUUUGAAUGUCUGAUUUAUCUUCCUCUCAUUUUUUUUCUUGUCGACAAAUUCAUCAAAAAAGAUGAAAUAACGUGUAAAAACGAGCGCCGUUCAUCACUUUUACAAGUCAUUUUGGGAUAAAAAAUUUUGUUUGAAAAGUUUUCUCCAAAAAGACUCUCAGUUUUCCCCGAGUUCUCUCAUGAACCAACUUCACAGGUGUGCAACAAAUACUUCCUGCGGACACAUAUGCUCAAAAUGCACGGAAUCGUGAUCGACGAGAACAAGACGGUCAUCGCCAACAUCGAUACUCUCGAGCGCGAACGCAUGGGCUCUCUUUCGUUCAGGUGAGGAGGCGAGUCCAAACCCCGAUCUCAACACCGUUUCUAGAUGCGACACCUGCUUCAACGAGUUCAAAUCGCGUCAGCAACUGAGGCAGCACAAACAGGACGCCCAUGGAGUGGCGCCGAUCUCGACGCCGUCCAACCGAGGCUCCGCUCCGAAGUCGGUGCCCACGACUCCCAACAUUCUGUCGACAAACGGCUCCUCCAACAACCUGACCAGCAACCUCAUGGAGGUGCGACUUUCUUUCUUAGUGUCUGUUAAAACGGAACCAAUCUGUUAAAAUAAGUUUCAUAAAGGGCGAAUGAUAUAUUUCAACGGAGAAAUCUAAUGAUAAUCAGAAAAGAGUAAAAAGUAAUCUGGAGCAGGUGGUGUUAAAUGCGCGAAGUAAACAUGCAGCCUUGUUAAACUCUUUUUGAAAGAGAGAAUUAUGAAAUUAAAAACCAAACGGGAUCAGUAAAAACAACUUUUGAGAAGGUUGAUGCUAAUUGGUUCACAAUAUCAAAUUCUGGUUCAUUCGCAAAAGAUGUUGUUGUGACUCGCCACUCAAACUUUAAUGAUUCACGCAUUAGAGAAGAUGAUAUCUGAAGUUUAUCAAUUAUUCAGCCACGAUCUGAAUUUAAGAAUUGAGUAUUCUGAAUUUCUUUUUCUUCAGGAAAAGUGUCACUUGUGCGACAAAAGAGUGCCUGCGAUCAUGCUGCCGAUGCACAUCCAGCAGGACCACAUGAACGCCCUCACCACGGACCUCAACCAGGUCAUGGCGCUCUUCAACCAGGCCUCUCGAACUCCCCGAGAGCCCGAGGAGCGCAAGAGCGAGUCCGAGCGCGGCGUCUACCGCUGCGGCUACUGCCAAUACAUCACCAAGGACCUCCGCAACUUCGAAAUGCACCAGGAGCGUCAUGAACGUAUGAACGAGGUGAGGACUCCUGUUAACAACUUUCCGAAGAGAAACUUUUUCAGGCGAAGCGUAGAUCAAGUGACGACGACGAAGACGAAGUUUUAAAACUAACGACGGAGGCAGCACUGAAGAUGGUGGCCGGCAACCAGGUUCGUUCAGAGUGAAGAGAGAAUAACCCACGACUCGGGCUGCAGAUGGACAACGUCGACCAUCCGAUGGAUGCGUCACAGGCCGUUCUCAACCUCAGUCUGCACAAGGUUCCGGAACUUUCCAAGAAAGAAUCGACUAACGAAGAAGAGAAGGUCGUCGCACAUGAGAGAAAUAGCCACACGGUUGGUCUGGACAGCGGGAGUCUCAUCCGAAGAAGUUUUCAGAGCGGCUCGAUUUCUCCGUCUGGUGAAUCUUUGCCCGAAGGCUUUGGCAAAGCGAUCGGCACGGAAAAACCAUACAUGGUGCAGUCGUUCGUCAUCCGCAGCAACGACGAGAAAGGUUCUUCGUCCAUCUUUUUAUAAGAAGAAAAACUUUUUGCCUGCCUUUCCUUUGUCAAUUUUCCGAAAUAACUUCUUUUUUUUCUAUCUCAAUCAUACUGAAGUUCAAAAAGAGGAUAUCAAGUUAUCAAUAGAGAAUUCGCAAAUGAUUUCCUAAAGUCUCCUAUUUCCAGGAGCGUUCCUGGGAGAGUUCCUCGCGCAUCUGCCAGUUAGAAAUCUGGUGGACGGACCACGUCAAGUCGUCUUCGAGCUGCACCCGGCUCCUUCGGCCUCCAUGUGA